AUGGACUUCGUCAACAAGUUUACCGGCGGUGAUAAGCAGGGUGAGGGUCAAAGCCAACAACAACAACAGGGCCAGGGUCAGAAUGAGCAAGGCUCAAACUCUUCUGGCGGGGGCGGAUUCCUGGGCGGAAUUGGCGAUAAGCUGAACUCUGCUGCUGGAGGUGGGAAGGAGAGCGAGAAAAAUGAGGAUUACCUUGACAAAGGAGUCGAUUUCGUCCAAGAGAAAUUCAUGGGUGCUGGACCGCAAGACAACGAGUCCGCUGUCGAGCAAGCCAAGGAUGAGCAGAUCUCAGAUUUCAUCCGUGGUCAAUACAAGGGUACGACCGGCAGUGAUAUUCCCAUCAAAGACAAAGAGACCAGAUUGGGUUAA